AUGAAUUCAACUUGUUCAAGUCUUGCUCUUUGUCCUCAAAAUGAUAAACAAAGCGAGGUUUUCUUCGACACGUCUAUGUUGCAAGAACAAGAAAACUUUCCAACAGAAUUCCUAUGGCCUCAUAGGGACCUAGCGUAUUCACAAGAUGAACUGAAGGAACCAUUAGUAGACCUAAAAGGGUUCUUGAAUGGUGAUGAGGAGGCUACGAAUUUAGCCGCCACGCAAAUUAGGACAGCAUGUUUGAACCAUGGUUUCUUCCAAGUUUCAAACCAUGGUGUAGAUAUAGAGAUUAUUCGGGCUGCCCAUGAUCAGAUGGAUGCAUUUUUCAAGCUUCCUGUGAAGAAAAAGCUGAGCUUUCGGAGAAAGCCAGGUAGCAUAUGCGGGUAUUCCGGUGCCCAUGCUGAUCGAUAUUCUUCCAAACUUCCAUGGAAGGAAACACUCUCAUUUGGACAUAAUCAUGCACAUGGAGCCGAGCUUGACGUGGUUAACUAUUUCAAAUCCGUUCUAGGAAACGAUUUUGAAGAAGCAGGGGUUAUCUAUCAGAACUACAGUGAAGCAAUGGAAAAUCUGGCUAUUGUAAUAAUGGAACUCUUGUCAAUUAGCUUGGGAAUUGAUCGUUCACACUAUCGGAAGUUUUUUGAAGAUGGUAAUUCAAUCAUGAGAUGUAAUUACUAUCCAGUAUGCAGAGAUCCAGGGCUUACCCUGGGCACAGGUCCUCACUGUGAUCCAACUUCCUUGACAAUACUGCAUCAAGAUCAAGUUGGCGGGCUUCAAGUUUUUGCAAAUAACAAAUGGCAAGCCAUUAAACCUCGCCACGAGGCCUUCGUUAUCAACAUCGGCGACACGUUCAUGGCGCUAUCUAACGGGAUAUAUAAGAGUUGCCUUCACAGGGCAGUGGUAAACAAAGACAAUGUGAGAAAAUCGUUGGCCUACUUUGUCAGCCCAAAAGAGGAUAAGGUGGUUCGACCCCCACAGGAUCUUAUGGAAAUGGAAAAAUCAAGAAAAUACCCAGAUUUCACGUGGUCGAGUUUUCUAGAAUUCACACAAAAACACUAUCGGGCAGAUGUCACAACACUUCAAAGCUUUAUCGACUGGUUUUUAUCCACCAAGAAACACGUUAAAUAUUAG